UAUCAAAUUGGUUUGUUCACUCAUUUUACCAUUUUGACGGUUGUAGAUUUUCAAUUUAGGGCUUGGUUUAGAUAAAUGCAUAUCUUUGAUUCCCUUUGUAGCAUCGAUUUAAAUAACAACUAUACAAGUGUACAUCAGUGAUUGCAGAAUUCAUAUUUCCUUUGAUUCCAAGAAGUCGUGAUGUAGAAACUGUUAUACAAAGAAGGCGACCGACUUGUUGAAUAUUGGAUAUAUUGUGACUGAAUUUCUGUGUACAAGAAAAAGACUACUUAAGUAUUUCGUCGCCAUACAGAUGAAAUACGACAAAAGGAUUACAGCCCUUUUCCUAGAGGGGUCUUGAACACAUGGCCGCUUCCGGGAGAGCUGUGAGGUCAAAUUCAAAAUCUACAGGAAUGAAUUCUGAUAUAGAUAUAUGGCAACCAAGAGAAAAGGUACCAAAAGAUAGAUCAGUUCGUUUGCGAGUUAUGCCAGAGCAGAGCAAUGACUAUAGGGUGGUAGUAUUUGGGGCAGGAGGCGUCGGUAAAUCUUCUCUUGUUUUAAGAUUUGUCAGAGGAACAUUUAGAGAGAGUUAUAUACCAACUAUUGAAGAUACAUAUAGACAAGUUAUUAGCUGUAACAAACAAGUGUGUACACUUCAAAUAACCGAUACAACCGGAAGUCAUCAGUUUCCUGCAAUGCAGCGUCUCUCUAUAUCUAAAGGACAUGCUUUUAUUUUAGUGUAUUCAAUAACUAGUCGACAGUCUCUUGAAGAACUGAAACCUAUUUAUGAUGAAAUUAUAGAAAUCAAACACGAUUUAGAACAUAUUCCCGUAAUGUUAGUUGGAAAUAAAUGCGACGAAAUUAACCGAGAAGUGCCGACUUCCGAAUGUGCAGAACUUGCGAAAAGAUGGAACUGUGCGUUUUUAGAAACAUCAGCAAAAACUAAUCACAAUGUGAAAGAAUUGUUUCAGGAAUUAUUACAGUUAGAAAAAAGACGGACAAUGAGUCUUCAGUUAGAAACAAAAAAGACAAAAUCGCAGAAAAGGAAGGAGAAGUUGAAGGGAAAAUGUAAUCUAAUGUAGCCGAUUUUGUAUGUUGGAUGUACGAGUCCGUGAUACGGCGCACGAGUACAGUGUGGAUUAUACAUUCCAACAAAUAGGUGUGUAUCAUACACCGCCAAAAAUCACGUGUUAGAAAACGUCAUUACGUUAGCCAUUAAUAUUUUGGAUUUAUUUAGCAGGUUAUGUUAACAAUAUGCAUAAUCAAAUAAUUUGAUGUUCAAGAGUCAGUGACUUUGUCAUAAUGUUAGUUAUUUAAUUAUUAUUUUUCCUUGAAGAGGUUAUGUUAACGUUGUUAUUAUGCAGGAGAAGUUUUUUCGUUGAGUUCACAAAUAUUCAAUUAUUACACAACAA